AUGGAUCCUGGUCGCAAGAGGAUAGGCUCCAUCGCAGAGUCGGCUACGUCGUCUAAUCAGCGGAGUAAACGCGCCAAAUACGCGCCUGUAGCUUGUAAUGAGUGUAAGAAGAAGAAGCUCAAGUGUGUGAGGGAGGAGGGCGAUGAGAUUUGCAAGAGAUGUGAUGUUAAUAAAGUCGAAUGCAUCUUUGCUCCUACAGUUCAACCGGCAAAGGAAGAUGCUGAGCCAGCGCGAAGACGCUCAACUCAAGAGCCUCAGUCUCAAACAGACGUCGGAUCUCUAAGCCAACAAGUAAUCGCCCUCCAGAACCAAGUCAACGCCCUUACAUCAGCCCUCCAAGACGUAUCCCAGCGUCUCCCCCACAUAACCCUCUCCUCCACAAAGUCCACUCCCCAGGGCCACUCGUCCACCUACCGCAAAGACAUCCGCAACGUACACAACGAGCCGCGCGAGCCUCAAUUCGUUGGCCCCACGCGCUCGGCGUAUAGCUUCCAGAUCGCGGAGAACUCCCUCACAGGCAUGGGGAUCGAGCCAAACGCUACUGGUGCAAGCACGCCUGCCGAAUCGCCCAGUGAGACGGAACCGGUUGUUGAGAGUGAGAAUCUUUCGCCAGGGAUAGAGGAUGUCGAGACACUGGCGAGUUUGGGGAUAGCAGAGGUUCAGAGGCUGUUGGAUGUUUACAAUGAGGAGAUCCAGAGCGUUUAUCCGUUCAUUGACGUUAAUGAGUUGUCGAAUAAGGCGGUUUCGGUGUUUCAGACGCCGAUGGAGAAUACGCUCAAAGAUGUGCAGGCUAUCAAGUUGGCGGUUGCUACGUCAGUUGCUAUUGAGGCGCAGGGGUUGAAUAAUAUUAGCAAGAGGCUGAUUGAUGAUGUCGAGCCUGUCAUUUGCAGGGUCUCAGGCGAGGCCUUCAUCGACCUCCAAGAACUUCAACUCAUGAUCAUGCUGAGCAUCUACUGGUUUCACUGUGGAGAAGACCUCCUCGCCUGGAGAGCCAUCGGCAACGCCGGUCGCGAAAGCCUCGAAAUCGGUCUACACCGCCGAACCUCGCUCUUUGAAAACUUCAAAACCCCGCCAGAACGAGAUUUAGCAAUUCGCUGUUUCUGGUGUGUAUACAUUCUAGACCGAAGGUGGAGUUAUGGCACUAGUCUAUCGUUCGGCAUUUCCGACCGGGACAUCGAUCCACAAUGUCCAGAGCCAGUCUGGGAGGAUCUACCGCUUGAUUCCUCACCGUUUACGGUCCCAAAGGAUAAAGUCGACUUCUUUGACUUUCUGACGCAGAAAUGGGUUCACUCUAUUCCUGAGGAUUUACAGCUCGUGUAUCCUCGGCUCUCACAGGCUCCACGUCAUCAACCUCGAGUUUUGCAACGCUUGAGAACGCUCCUUUAUCUAAGAGGGAACUACAUUCGAAACUUGGUUCUACGACAUCAUGUGAUGAGUGCUGAGAAUCUACGUUCAGACAUGCAGGGCGCUCAACUUGUUGUCAGUCUCGCGCAGGAUACGAUCCAAGUUCUGGUGAAUCUGAACGAGACAAGCGACAUCUACGCUCGGCAGAAAGCAACGUUCAAUUACUUCCUGACAGGUGCUCUAGCAACAAUCCUUUUAGCAGUAUGUCACGGCCCAGAUGUCUUCGCCGAUCGCUGCCGACAAAGCUUCCAAGACGCAGUCCGUCUUCUCAAGAACAUUUCUCAGCACGGGCAACUAGGUCGACGACUAUGGCGCUCACUAAAAGGAACGAUUCAUCGCGCUUUAUCGCUAGAGUCACCCAUCACACCAACUGGGAAUACGGCACUCGCGGAGAUUCUGCAGCAGGAGACGCCCGAGGUACGACAGCAGCAGACGCUGGUUCCGACCAGUUGGCCGAGAAAUGUAUUGGGAAAUAACUUUAUGGAAGAGAACAUGGCGGAUAUGUUUGGUCUGGAGACGGAUCUGUUGAAUUUGUUCAGUGCAUUUGAGCAGGACAAUAUGUUGAGGCCGGUGAGUCAGGUCAAUGGGCUUGAUCAAGCUGCGGCAUUACCGGAUCAGAAUGGGGGUGUUGGGCAGGGUGAUGAUUUGACUCGGUUCAAUGGGGGGUUCUAG